CAGUCUAGCGGCGGAGGAGAACGACAACGCAGCGAACAAAAACAUACAAUGUCGACGGCGGCGAUCACGGCAAGCGGGCCGAACACUGGCCCCGUCGGCGGCGGGACCGCGAUGGGACGGAAAAAGGACGGUGGGCCGUCUGCAAAAUUCUGGGAGGGUUCUGAGACGAUAUCUCAACUGGAAACGGUUCGUCUGUGGAUCGGGAAGCACUACAAGAAGUAUGUCCAGAACGACUCCCCCUCAAGUAAAUCGCUGGCAGGUUUGGUGGUCCAGCUGCUUCAGUUCCAGGAGGAUGCUUUCGGACGCAGAGUUAACAACCCUGCUCUCACCAAGCUGCCGGCCAAGUGUUUCCUGGACAUGAAGGCAGGGGGCGCUCUCUGUCACAUUCUGGGCUCCGUCUACAAGUUCAAGAGUGAGCAGGGAUGGCGGCGCUUUGACCUGCAGAACCCCUCCCGCAUGGACAGGAACGUGGAAAUGUUCUUAAAUGUGGAGAAGAACCUGGUGCAGAACAACUGUCUGACCCGACCCACUGUCUUCUUAUCUGCGGACAUGGAGGCCAAACAAGCCAGUAAGCUCAAAGACGCUAUCAAGAGGCACCAGGGUUCCAUCACUGAGGACAAGUCAAAGGCCACCCACCUCAUCUUCCCAUCUCCAUCGCAGCAGGAGGAAGAGGAGUGGCUGCGCCCCGUCAUGAGGAAAGACAAGCAGGUUCUGGUCCACUGGGGGCUCUAUCCAGACAGCUAUGACACCUGGGUCUCAGCCAGUGAGGUGGAUGGGGACGUAGAGGAGCCCCCCAGCGCUGACCGACCAUGGAAGGUUCAUGCUAAAUGGGUUCUGGACACCGACGCCUUCAACGAAUGGAUGAAUGAGGAAGACUACGAGGUGGACGACAACAAGAAACCGAUCAGCUUCCGCCAAAAGAUCUUCCCGAAGGAGGAAGAGUCUUCCCGUACACCCGAUCGUAAGGAGCGCAAGGCCAACUCUGCCGGCAAGAAGAGGAGGCGCUCUCCCUCGCCGCCCAGCACGCCUGCCGAGUCCCGAAAGAAGGGUGGAAAGAAGGGGAACCCAGGACAUUACUGGAAGCGACGGGGUCAGCGAGGCGAUGAAGAGGACACUGAGGAAGAUGUCACCAAGGACUUGGACGACUCCUCAGCCGGUGCCAGCAUGGAAGAGGGAAGUGUAUCUAAGAAUGCUCAUUCAAAGAAGGAUUCUGAGAGCACGCCUCUAAAAGGAGACAACGGGCAAGACGUGGAUGACAUGGAGGAUGACUCUGUGCUGUCCGGUGGCAAGGAGGACGAGGAUCAGAGCAAAGCAGAGGUCAACCGCAUGAUGGACGCCAGCGAGGACAACGUGACAGAGCAGACGCACCACAUCAUCAUCCCCAGCUACAGUGCGUGGUUCGACUAUAACUGCAUCCAUGAAAUUGAGCGGAGAGCCCUGCCCGAGUUCUUUAACGGAAAGAACAAGUCCAAAACUCCUGAGAUAUACCUGGCCUACCGUAACUUUAUGAUUGACACAUACCGGCUCAACCCCCAGGAGUACCUCACCUCCACCUCCUGCCGCAGGAACUUGACUGGUGAUGUGUGCGCCAUCAUGAGAGUUCACGCCUUCCUGGAGCAGUGGGGGCUAGUGAACUACCAAGUGGACGCAGAGAGCCGACCUUUGCCCAUGGGGCCUCCACCGACACCCCACUUCACAGUGCUGGCUGACACUCCCUCUGGUCUCAUCCCUCUCAACCACCGACCUCCACCGAUUCCGCCCCCACAGCAGAUGGCCAACUUCCCUGACAAGAGCAAAGAAAAAAUCGACCUCCAAAACUUUGGCCUCCGUACUGACCAGUACAAAAAGAACUCAAAGGGUAAAUCAGUGUCAUCCUCACGAGAAUGGACUGAACAGGAGACCCUGCUCCUGCUGGAGGCUCUUGAGAUGUACAAAGAUGACUGGAACAAAGUGUCAGAGCAUGUAGGCUCACGUACGCAAGAUGAGUGCAUCUUACACUUCCUGCGCCUCCCCAUUGAGGACCCCUACCUGGAGAGCUCAGAGGCGUCGCUGGGUCCUCUGGCUUAUCAGCCCAUCCCCUUCAGCCAGUCUGGAAACCCCGUCAUGAGCACCGUGGCCUUCUUGGCCUCUGUGGUUGACCCCAGAGUGGCGUCUGCUGCCGCCAAGGCCGCACUUGAGGAGUUCUCCCGUGUGCGAGAGGAGGUGCCCGCCGAACUAGUGGAGGCUCAUGUGAAAAAGGUCCAGGAGGCAGCGAGGAGCACAGGGAAGGUGGACCCCGCCUUUGGUCUGGAGAGCAGUGGCAUCGCUGGUACCUCUCCUGAAGAUCCAGAGAAGACAGAGGUUCCUGAAGCUGACAAGAUGGAAACAGACACAGACUCCCAGCAGGGGGACAAGGCCGAGUCCAAGGAUGAGGCAGAGAAGCCCAUUGAGUCAGCUGAGAAGAGCGACAAGGCAGAGAAGGCAGACAAGGUGAAGAAGGAGGUGGAGGAGGCGUCAGAGCGUGAGGAUGAGAGCGAAGAGGGAGACGAGACAAAGGCAGCUGCUGCAGACAAGGAUGAAGAAGAGUCCUUGGAGACGUCUUCUUCGGAGCAGGAAAAGGAAAAAGAUGACAAAACCACUACAGAGGAGGGGGAGGAAAAGAGGAAAAAGCUGGAGCACGACAUUGGUGAAGGAAACAUUGCCACGGCGGCGGCCGCCGCCCUGGCAUCUGCUGCCACCAAAGCCAAGCACUUGGCAGCAGUGGAGGAGAGGAAGAUCAAGUCUCUGGUGGCUCUACUGGUGGAGACUCAGAUGAAGAAGUUGGAGAUCAAGCUGAGGCACUUUGAGGAGCUUGAGACCAUCAUGGACCGUGAGAAGGAGGCCUUGGAGCUUCAGAGGCAGCAGCUGUUGACGGAACGUCAGACGUUCCACAUGGAGCAGCUCAAGUACGCCGAGAUGAAGGCCCGCCAGCAGAUGGAGCAGCAGGCUGCUGCUGCUGCUGCUGCUGCCGCCGCCGCCGCCCAGGCUCAGGGCCAAGGCCACGCCCCCGGAUCUCACCCGGGGCCUCCGGGCAUACAUCCCGGCGGCCACGGAGCCCUUCCUCCCCACCAUGGUGCCCCCCCUCCUCAUCACGGAGGGCCCCCGCCCGGUGCCGCCAUGCACCCCGGCUACCCUCCAAUGGGUCAUCACCCUAUGGCCCCCCACCACGCGGGCCAGCCAGCACCACUAGGGCCAGGACAGCCCAUGCCUGGACGCAUGAUGGCAGGCCCUCCCACCGCCGCUCCCCCACCUGGUGGGAUGCCUCCCAUGAUGCCUCCACGCCACCCAGGAGCUCCCAACGGCAUGUACCCGGGACCACCACCUGCACAGCCUGAAGCCGUGCCCCCAGUUCCUGUGGGUGCUCCAGUGCCCCCCAGUGGACGCGCGGUGGACAACUAAGCCACACACAGGCUCUUUGCAUCACCACCUAAACAAAUGUCAUCAUGGACACACACACACACACACACACACACACACUCAGGGUGACAUAAACACACAAAUAUUGUUCCUGCUGAGUCGGGCCUGAUGGAGGCUGCAGACACAAACACUGUACAAAAUCAGAAGCUUGGUCCUGCCUCGCCUCAAACUUUUACACUGAAGUUUGUGCAUGCGUGUGUGUGUGUGUGUGUGUGUAUGACAGCUCGCCUGCGCCGCCUCCUCCUGAGCAGUCUGUGCCUCCACUUCCUGUUUGACCCAAACAAAAAUGGCAGCUGGUCACCUGCAGGAACAUUUGAAACAUCUGCCCCUCCCCCACCUGCAACACACACACACACACACACACACACACA